AUGGCUCAUUUGGAGUGUUUGUUUGGUUCAGAAGCUGAUUACGGCGUCCAGCAGUGUCUGAGAUAUUUCGUCACAAUCAGCAUGAGCUGGAAUAAGGCUAGACAGGAAUGCAGAUCGAAAGGAGCCGACCUUGUGAUCAUCAACAGCCAAGAAGAACAGGAGUUCCUCAGUCUGACAGUUCCCGGUGAGGCUUGGAUUGGUCUGAGUGACAGCGCUGAAGAGGGGAAGUGGAUGUGGGUGGACAAUACAAACAUGACCACAGGGUUCUGGUGGCAAGGAGAACCUAAUGACUACGAGCAAAAGGAGGACUGCGCUGCAACUGGCAGCAAAUUUGCUCAAGAUAAAAUUACAGCAUGGGCCGAUUAUCCCUGUGAAAAACAGUUUGUGCUUUUUCAUAUGCAGCUAAAAUUUGAAGGCGUUAUUGUGAUCCACUAA